AUGCAUUCUAUCCUCUUUCAAGACAAAAUUGCUAUUUCUGACAUUUGUACAUUUCAAGAUAAACUAAUAGUCUCCACCUAUCAAAAUACACUCAAAGUAUUUGAGGAGGCUGAACUCAAACAUACUGUUGAUCUUCCAGUGUCACUUACAAAAAUAUGCCAAUUUAGAGACAAACUUUUAGGAAUAUCAUAUUCUCAAGGUUUGUUAGUUAUCUUAAACUCUAUGUUUACAAUCAUUAGUAUUAUUCCUGGGUUUAAGCAACCUACUUUCAUUUACUCUAAUAAUAAAAUUGUCAUUAUCACCACAUUAGACUCUGAAAUACUCAUAUUAAAAGAAAAAAAAUAUCAAAGUAAUAUUGAAGAGCAUCUUUUUGAAGUAGCUUUAAGAAAAAAGACACAAAAAGUAUCUACUGCAUUAUGCUUUUUACAAGAAAGAAUCUGUCUUGGAUUUGAAAGCACUCUUUCAGUCUUUGAUAAUAAGCUAAAUGAAGUAUUAACCAAAGAUUAUUCUUGCUGUAUUAAUUCUAUAGCUUCCUGUGCAAAUAAUUUAGUUAUUGGCCUAAUUAACGGCAAAAUUCAUUUUGAAGACAUUCAAAAUUUUGAAGAAUCGUUUGCUUUUAACUCACAUAUAUUGAAUGGCAAGAAUACAAGAAUAUUUUAUCCAGUUACCCAAGUUUAUUUUGAUACUUUUCUUUUAUCGUCAGGCUAUGAUGGAAAGGUAAUCAAAUGGGAUAUAGCAAAUAAGAAACAGACCUCAAUUAUUAUUGAUACUAACAAGUUUGUAAGAAAAUUUGAGAUUUGCAGAAAUUACUUGUAUUGUUUGAUUGAAGAUGAUCCAAAUGAGGCGUUAGGUAGGGCAUUUCAAUCUGUUUCUUUGAUUCCACUAUAA